UUACGUCUGACGUAAGCAGGUUUCAUCGUGUAGAUGCAAAGCGGAGCUGUUAGCUGAAGCUAGCAGCGGUUUCUUUAAUUUUUCAACACUUUUGAAGAAACGGUUGUUGUUGAGUCAUUUUUUGGGGUUCGUUUGUACGAGAAGUAAUCAAAUAUCUGACAGUAAACCAACCCGUUUUAUUCGUUCUCCUGGAGAAAGAGCGCUGAGCCAUGUACAAUGGUAUUGGCCUGACAACUCCCCGGGGCAGCGGCACCAAUGGCUACGUGCAGCGCAACCUGUCGAGCCUGCGGGUCAAGAGGCCACGAGAUGAGCGUGGAGGCGAGCGGGAUGAGAAGGACCGUGAGCGACUGGAGAGUCAGCUCAAUCGGCAGCCCAACGCCGACAUCCUGGAGCACCAGCGCAAGAGACAGCUGGAGGUCAAAUGUGCCGAACUGCAGGACAUGAUGGAGGAGCAAGGAUAUUCUGCUGAGGAGAUUGAGGAGAAGGUGAACAGUUUCCGCAUGAUGCUGAAGGAGAAGGAGGAACCGUCUCCUGCCGCUGCUCAGAAACCGACUGUGACAGAGACGCACGCCCUAGCUGCAGCCAACCAGCAGAAGAACGACCGUCUUCGUGCUGCCUUUGGUAUUUCCAGCGAUUACGUGGAUGGCUCGUCUUUCCACGCCGACCGCAAGGAGAAGGAGAAGGAAAAGAGAGAGCAGGAACGUCUGGAGAGGGAACGGCAGCAGCAGCAGAAAUAUACCUUGGUGGAAGUUUCUGAUGACUCCGAUUCUCCUCCAAAGAAGCGCAGUCGGAAGAAGAAAAAGAAAAACAAGAACAGAGACAGCAGCUCAGACAGUUCGUCCCCAUCUCCUCGCAAAGAGAAGAAGAAAUCCAAAAAGAAGAAAAAGAAACGGGAGGUAUCUGAAGACGAAGAUGACAGUUCCUCGGAUGAGAAGCAGAAAGUCUCAAAGAAGAAAAGAAAAAACAGUGGAAGUUCUAGUUCUGCGAAAGCCAAAACUGGGCGAGGCAGAAGCGUCUCCUCUAGCUCAGAUCGGAGCAGCAGUCAGUCUCCACCAUCAAGAGGUCAUCUAAAAGACCAAGCUGCAAAAAAUGCUGAACGUAGGAAGGAGAGGUCACCAGUCAGGAGGCGACAAGAGUCUGAGGACCGCAGCCCCCAGAGGAGGCAGCAGGUUUGCAAGGAGCCCAGCCCCCAGAGGAGGCGGCGAGGGUCUGUGGAGCCCAGCCCCCAGAGGAGGCGGCGGGGUUCCGAGGAGCCCAGCCCCCAGAGGAAGCGGCGAGGGUCUGUGGAGCCCAGCCCCCAGAGGAGGCGGCGGGGUUCUGAGGAGCCUGGCCCCCAGAGGAGGCGCCAGGGUUCUGAAGAACGCAGCCCCCAGAGGAGGCGGCGUGGGUCUGAGGGGCGCAGCCCCCAGAGGAGGCGGCGAGGGUCUGAGGAGCGCAGCCCCCAGAGGAGGCGGCGGGGGUCUGAGGAGCGCAGCCCCCCACGUCGAGUAGAAGAAGGGGUGAGCCUGCAUUCACUGAGGAGGCCUAAUUCUGAAAGGGAAAAGGAGCAACGUAGGGAGACGGAAAAGACCAAACGGAGACAUGACUCCUCAUCCCCCUCUCCUUCUCCAGAAAAAGAGAAAAACAUUGAUGGAGGGAGAGAAAGAAGAUCUAGAAGCAAACAAAGGGAACGGGACAAGGGCCAGACUAGGAACAUGGAGAUGGAUACAAGAAAGCAGUCCAAAAAUGCAGAGUUGGACAAGAGGAGGCGAUCCAGGAGUGUAGAGAUGGAUAAACGUGAACCAAAUAGAAGCAGUGACUCUGAGAAAGGGAGGCGGUCAAGGAGUAUAGAGAUUAGGAACAAAGGAAAGGAGAGCCCCUUUCAGAGGAUUAGGCGGGACCCCUCUUCAUCAUCUCCUUCUCCUCCACCUCAAAAAGACACAAGGGGGGAAAGAAGCAGAAUCCCUGAGCGUGAAAAAGACAGAAACAAACUGCAAAGAACAGCAAGACACGACUUUUCAUCUCCUUCCCCUUCUCCUGAAAAGGAGAGGACAAGGAAAGGAAGGAGUAGAGAUAAAGAACGUGCAACUGAAAAAGACAUUCAGUCAACGUUGCGCACACGAAGUGAAAGAGACAUUAAAGAGGCUGAAAAUCUGGAUAGACGACCCUCUCCUCCCCAGGAGCGAGGCGACAUAAGGGGCGGCCAUCUGGCUCGUGACUCCCCAUCGCCCAAGCGCUGUCAGUCCUUUACCAAUGGAAGCCAGCUUGAGAGGGAGCAUGAGCGAAGACAAACAAACAAGGAAAGAUCAACAGAUAGGUACUUAAAUAAACAGAGGGAAGAAAGUGGAGAAAAAAGGAGAAAGGAAGCUCAGGUCCAGUCAUCAGUAGAGGAUAGGAGAGACGGGUCAAAGCCUUCGGAAAGAUCACGGAGCGAUCCACAGGAGAAGUUGAAAAGCCCAGUGAAAGAGAAAAGGCGAGAGGACAAAAUAAAACAACCCGAGAAACGACGCGAAAGCAGCAGCAGUGGCAGCAGCAGCAGUAGCAGUGACAGUGACAGCUCAUCAUCAUCCUCCUCUUCGUCUUCAUCAUCCUCUUCUUCAUCAUCUUCUUCUGAAGAUGAAGGCAACUCCAAUAAAGUUGCGUCACAGGAGCGGGAAAGAGAUGUUCCCAGGAAAAGCACUGCAUCUGCCAUAGGAGCUGCUGUUGAACGGUUUCUGGCCAACGGGAAGAAGGAAGGCUCUCUCUCAGCUUCGGAAGUUGAUGGAGCCAGACGUCCCCUCAGAGACCGGGAACCAGAAUGGGACAAACCUGAACGUGAAAGACCUCCUCUCAAAGAACCCACAGAAGAUGGUUCUCCACAGGGAAAGGGAAAAGAGCGUUACAGUCCCACUCAGGUAGAGAGCCGCAGCCCAUCCCCCUCCCCACCCAGCAGACCAGAAAACAACAGAGGCAGAAGGUACUCUCCUGAGACCAAAACUAGUGACAGGGAAAGGGCAAAAGACGAGGAUGCCACCAAGAAGACCACAAGAUCUAGCCCCACUGAAAGUUCACCGUUUCCUCCACAGAGGACCUCCACUGUCCCACCAGCCACCAGAACACCACCAAGGCAGUAUCAAGAACCCCCACCACGGUCCAGAAGACCGUCCCCUCCUUUAGCCCCGAGAGAAUGGGAGAGGGGAGGGAGAAGGAGCAGGUCCAGAAGUGCCAGGAGGCGCAGCAGGAGCCCGAGGAGACGCAGUGGAUCUAGGCCUACAAGUCUAAGGAGGCGUAGCGGGUCUAGACCCAGAAGUCCCAGGAGGCGUAGCCGGUCUAGACCCAGAAGUCCUAGAAGGCGUAGUGGGUCUAGGCCCAGAAGUCCGAGAAGACGCAGCCGGUCUAGGCCCAGAAGUCCCAGGAGGCGAAGCGGUUCUCGCCCCAGAAAUCUGAGGAGACGCAGCGGUUCUCGUCCCAGGAGGCGCAGCGGUUCUCGUCCUAGAAGUCCAAGAAGGCGCAGCGGUUCUCGUCCCAGGAGGCGCAGCGGUUCUCGUCCCAGAAGUCCCAGGAGGCGCAGCGGAUCUAGGUCGAGAAAUCUGAGAAGGCGCAGUGGGUCCAGGCCCAUAUCCAGACCUAAAAGUCCAAGAAGGCGCACAAGAUCAAGGUCCAGGAGUCCAAGGAAGCGCAGCGGAUCCACUUCAAGAAUCCUCAGAAGGCCAAGUCCCCCCAGCAGGCUUCGUCAAUCUCCGUCUCCACUGAGACGAAGGAGGAGCAGUCGCUCCCUCUCUACAGAGAGGCAAAGGGAGCGUGACAGAGGCCGGCAGAGGGACGAGCAACAGCCUGCAAAGGCAGUCUCCCCACCCCAAAGAUCAUCCUCAUCUUCAUCUUCCUCUAGCUCCUCCUCCUCCUCAUCUUCCGCCUCUCCCUCACCACCUAGAGCGGUGAAAGAUGCAAAAGCUGCUGCAGAGAGGGACCAGAGUCCGGUUCAGGACGAAGGAAAGCCAAAGAGCCGUCCUUCCUCAUCACAGGCCCCAUCCAGGGACUCCUCCCAUGCUGCAGCGUCAGGCAGGAGAAGCUCGCCAUCAGAUUCACAACGAUCUGAUGAAAUCCCCUCAAGGUCCUCAGCUGUCAGCCAAUCAGAUGGCAGGCGGGCGCCUCAGGGUCCGACCAGAACCUCGUCGUCACCAACUGCCCACCAGGAGGCGGAGAAAGCUGUCAGGAAAGAAACCACUGUAAACGGGAAGGAGAAGGCCAGCAGGAGCAGCAGCUCUAGCUCCUCUUCGUCGUCCUCCUCUUCAUCAUCAUCAUCCUCCUCGUCUUCAUCAUCGUCAUCCUCAUCUUCAGAUAGCUCUGACUCUGAAGGGGAGGGAGGAAAAGGGAAGGCGGUGAAAGCCCAAAGCUCCAAUUCCUCCUCUUCCUCAUCCAGUGAUGAAAAGGAAACAAAGAAAAAGAGCCCUGUGCGGCCUCACCGCGUUCCAGCCGAUUCUCUGCGGGAUUCACGUUCUCUCAGCUAUUCUCCUCCCAGACACAUCCGACCUGCUCGCUCCUCACCUACUAGAAGGAGCAGAGUGUCACCAAGAUCCUCGUCAAGCAGCAGGCGAAGAAAAUGAUCUGAAUAUCAGGAACACGUCCCUCCUUCUUCUGCUUUCUUGC